AUGAGACGCAACGACGGAACGGAGCAACCGGCACAUCCCUCAACGCAAGCACUCAACAAGCUCCUCAAGCAAAAUAAGGGUCCCAUCUGCGUGCGGCACUACUGUACGGUACAGUCUGGUGUCUCGGCUAUGCCUUAG